AUGAUUCCCCUGCCCCCUGCUGCCAGGCCGUGGGGAGGCGUUAUCGUGGGCGCCAGGCACGCGCGUGCCAGGGCCAGUGUCAGGGAUGUGCUGGGGGGCCGGGCUGCUGCGUGCAGGCUUUCCUUGACUCCGAGGCAGAUGCAGGAGGCACUGACCCCUGGCCACCUGAAGAAGGCCAAGCUGAUGUUCUUCUUCACCCGCUACCCCAGCUCCACUCUGCUGAAGGCCUACUUCCUCGACGUGCAGUUCAGCCGCUGCAUCACCUCCCAGCUCAUCAAGUGGUUCAGCAACUUCCGUGAGUUUUACUACAUCCAGGUGGAGAAGUUUGCCCGACAGGCUCUGCUGGAGGGUGUUGUGGAUGCUGGUACCCUCCGGGUCUCCCGGGACUCAGAGCUUUUCCGUGCCCUCAACAUGCACUACAACAAGGGGAACGACUUCGAGGUGCCGGGGCGCUUCCUGGAGGUGGCCAGCCUGACGCUGCGGGAGUUCUUCAGCGCCGUCCGGGCAGGCAAGGAUGCCGACCCCUCCUGGAAGAAACCCAUUUACAAGAUCAUUUCCAAACUGGACAGCGAUAUCCCGGAAGGGUUCAAAGCUGCUGGCUGCUCCCAGGAACUGCUCCGCAGCUGA